AAAAAUCAGCAUGUUUAUUGUUUUUUAAAAAUUGGGGCCUGGAUUUUGACGAUGUCAAGAUUUACAGUAUAUCCCUGUUUGUUUUGAAUACACCAGUGACUUCCGCUUCUAGAAGACAAAGUUAUGUUACUUAAACAACCAAAGACAUAGUCUUGCUCUUCGCCCAGGCUGGAGUGCAGCAGCACAAACUCGGCUCACUGCAGCCUUCGCCUCCUGGGUUCAAGCGAGUUUGGGCUAAUUUUUGUAUUUUUAGUAGAGAUGGGAUUUCAUCAUGUUGGCCAAGCUGGACUUGAACUCCUGAUCUCAAGUGCUCCACCCACCUUGACCUCCCAAAGUGCUGGUAUUACAGAUAUGAAACUAACCAUGAAGAAAAAUAUUGUCAAUACACAACAGUCCUUUGUAAAUAUGUCCAGUGUGAUUGUACCAGAUAUUGAAAAGGAAAUAAGAAAGAUGGAAAAUGGAGCAUGCAGCUCCUUUUCUGAGGAUGAUGACAGUGCCUCUAUAUCUGAAGAAUCAGAGAAUGAAAACCAUCAUGCAAGGGGUUCCUUUAGUUAUAAGUCACACGGAAAGGGAGGACCAUCACAGAGAGAGCAGUACCUGCCUGGUGCCAUUGCACUUUUUAAUGUGAACAACAGCAGCAAUAAGGAACAAGAACCAGAAGAAAAAAAGAAAAAGAAAAAAGCAAAGAAGAGCAAGUCAGAUGAUAAAAACGAAAACAAAAAGGACCUAGAGAAGAAAAAGAAGAAAAAGGACAAAGAGAAAAAAAAGAAAGAGGAGAAAAGCAAAGAUAAGAAAGAAGAGGAGAAGAAGGAAGUUGUGGUUAUUGAUCCUUCAGGGAACACAUAUUACAACUGGCUGUUUUGCAUCACCUUACCUGUUAUGUACAACUGGACAAUGGUUAUUGCCAGAGCAUGUUUUGAUGAACUUCAAUCUGAUUACCUAGAAUACUGGCUCAUUUUAGAUUACGUAUCAGACAUAGUCUAUUUAAUUGAUAUGUUUGUACGAACAAGGACAGGUUACCUAGAGCAAGGACUGCUGGUAAAGGAAGAACUUAAACUCAUAAAUAAAUAUAAAUCCAACUUGCAAUUUAAACUUGAUGUUCUGUCACUGAUACCAACUGAUUUGCUGUAUUUUAAGUUAGGGUGGAACUAUCCAGAAAUCAGAUUAAACAGGUUAUUACGAAUCUCUCGUAUGUUUGAGUUCUUCCAGAGAACAGAAACAAGGACAAACUAUCCAAACAUCUUCAGGAUUUCCAACCUUGUUAUGUACAUCGUCAUCAUUAUCCACUGGAAUGCAUGUGUGUACUACUCUAUUUCUAAAGCUAUUGGAUUUGGAAAUGAUACAUGGGUCUACCCUGAUAUUAAUGAUCCUGAAUUUGGCCGUUUGGCUAGAAAAUACGUAUACAGCCUUUACUGGUCUACACUGACUUUGACUACCAUUGGUGAAACACCCCCUCCCGUGAGAGAUUCUGAGUAUGUCUUUGUGGUGGUUGAUUUCCUAAUUGGAGUGCUAAUUUUUGCUACCAUCGUUGGUAACAUAGGUUCUAUGAUUUCCAACAUGAAUGCGGCCAGAGCGGAAUUUCAAGCAAGAAUUGAUGCUAUCAAGCAAUAUAUGCAUUUUCGAAAUGUAAGCAAAGAUAUGGAAAAGAGGGUUAUUAAAUGGUUUGACUACCUGUGGACCAACAAAAAAACAGUUGAUGAGAAAGAAGUCUUAAAGUAUCUACCUGAUAAACUAAGAGCAGAAAUUGCCAUCAGUGUUCACUUAGACACAUUAAAAAAGGUACGCAUUUUUGCUGAUUGUGAAGCAGGUCUGUUGGUGGAGUUGGUCUUGAAAUUGCAACCCCAAGUCUACAGUCCUGGAGAUUAUAUUUGCAAGAAAGGGGAUAUUGGACGAGAGAUGUACAUUAUCAAGGAAGGCAAACUCGCUGUGGUGGCAGAUGAUGGAGUCACUCAGUUUGUAGUAUUGAGUGACGGCAGCUACUUUGGUGAGAUCAGCAUUCUUAAUAUUAAAGGGAGCAAAGCCGGCAAUCGAAGAACUGCCAAUAUUAAGAGUAUUGGCUACUCAGACCUGUUCUGUCUCUCAAAAGAUGACCUCAUGGAAGCUCUAACUGAGUAUCCAGAUGCCAAAACUAUGCUGGAAGAGAAAGGGAAGCAGAUUUUAAUGAAGGAUGGUCUACUGGAUCUAAGCAUUGCAAAUGCUGGCAGUGAUCCUAAAGAUCUUGAAGAGAAAGUUACUCGAAUGGAGGGCUCAGUAGACCGCCUGCAAACAAGGUUUGCCCGAAUCUUGGCUGAGUAUGAGUCCAUGCAGCAGAAACUGAAACAAAGAUUAACCAAGGUUGAGAAAUUUCUGAAACCGCUUAUUGACACAGAAUUUUCAAGUAUUGAGGGACCUGGAGUAGAAAGUGGGCCCAUUGACUCUACAUAGAACUGAAAAGCUGGUCAUUGACAGGGACACGCCUCAUGAUCCUUCUGAUCUUGUGACUGACAUCAAGUAAAACUUAAAAGAAGAGGAAGACUCAGUUGGGAAAUUUUUCUAUGAGGAAAGUGUGCUUUGGUGCAAGGUACAAGGCCCACACCCUCUCUGAGAGAUACUAUGAUUAAAAAAGCUUUAUAUCUUGGGAUUUUUCACAACUGAUAAUGUGCAAAGAUAUAAACUGAUUAACUUGUCAGUGUCUGUAUCUUCUGAUUUUUUUCACAUAUGCUUGUUUUAUGUAAUAAUCUUCAUAAAAAUGAAUAAGUAUCCCUCACUUUCAUGCCAUUUCCAUUGUUGAGUGAAGUGUAUUUGAAGUAACUGAGAAUUACCAUCUACAUCAUGUUUGGGAUAACAUUUUAAAAAAU